AUGGAAAAUGAGUUGCUAAUUGAAAAAGCAACCGAAGAUGACAUCCCAAUUUUGAAUGAAUUCAUUAACGCGUGCUACAUUGGAAAUGAUGAUAAUGGACCGGAUACGUCGUCACCAGAAUGGACUUCGGUGUCCAAGCUUAUCGGUGGCCGUCGAACAACGCCGGAAUUUUUACUGAAAGAUAUGCAAAAUUUGGACAUCACUAUUUUUAAAUGUACAGCAAAAUCAGAUCUUCAAUUAGUCGCAAGUUGUCGAGCUCACAAUACAGACGAGGAUACGAUUUAUUCUGAAAUGCUUUGCGUGUCUCCGACGUGUCAAGGAAAGGGGGUUGGGAAGCUAAUGGUUGCCAAAGUGGAAGAACUUGGUCGAGAGUUAAAGUGCAAAUAUCAUAAAAUUCAGGUAUUUUCUUGUCGAAAGGGUUUAAUCGAGUGGUACGAGAAGUUGGGUUUCAAAGAGAACGGGAAGCAAAUCCCACUGCCGGGACCUACCGAGAGGGCGUGGUUUAUUAAAAGUGAUGUCACAAUUCUAAUCGAAAUGCAAAAAAGUUUGUGA